GUGUUCAAGUGAAAGCCAACAUUUACAAAUUGUCAGUGGCGAGCCAGACCUGUCAACGAGUUAUGAGCGUGGAGCGUAUAUUCGAUGAGUUUGGACACUUCAAAAGGUUCCAGGCAUGUCUGUACUUUGCUGCUGUCUUCCAGGCCAUAGCCUGUGGAAUCCACUACCUGGCCUCCGUGUUCCUCGUGGAGAGGCCAAACUUUGUCUGUGCUCCGCCAGGUAACAUCACUGACGUCCUGUAUGGGAACCACACUGGUGCUUCCCUGGAGGAGGUGCUACCAUUCUUCAAACCGGCGAACGGGCCCAUGGUCGUCCGAACGGCUGUGGGCCAACAGUGGGAGCUUAGCACCUGCCAGCGCACUCAGCGGAUGAACCCCACAGACUUUACCUACGAGCAGGUCGUCAACAGGACGACGGAAAAGUGUGACGGGAACUACCAUUACGUGUACGACCACAGUGAGGUGUAUCAGAGCAUCGUGACAGACUGGGACCUGGUGUGUGACAGGGAAUGGCUGGCCAAGCUGUGUCAGCCCACGUUUAUGAUGGGGGUGCUGGUCGGAGCACUGGUGUUCGGGGACAUCGCUGAUAGGGUUGGCAGACGGAGGAUCCUAAUGAUCACCAGCCUCUGCCAGUUUGUGUUUGGUGUAAGCGUGGCAUUCAUGGGAAACUACUACCUAUUUAUGGUCAUCCGCUUCCUGCUCGCCAUGGUGUCCAGCGGCUACCUUGUGGUGGUGUUUGUGUACGUGACCGAGUUCACCGGCAACAAGGUACGCACGUGGACCUCCAUGCACGUGCACGCCGCCUUCGCCGCAGGCGUCAUGAUGGUGGCGAUCACGGGCUACCUAGUGCGUACCUGGUGGAUCUACCAGAUCAUCCUCUCCACCUGCACCUCGCCCUUUCUCUUCUUCUGCUGGAAGUUUCCAGAGACACCCUUCUACCUGAUGGCUAAGGGGAGGCUCCAGGAGACCCAGGUCCUGUUGGAUUCCAUAGCCCGCUUCAACGGCCUGGAGCCUGGCCGCCUGAGGGCCGAGGACCUCCUGGAACCCAAGGAGGCUCUGCUGGAGAAGGAGGUGGUACCGGGAAGAGCCCAGCCAGUGGAGCCCGAGAGAAAGCUGAGCAUCCUGGACCUGUUUGGGACAUGGAGGAUGACCUGGAGGACAGUGACAGUGUGGGCAGUGUGGUUCAUUGGCAGCUUGGGCUACUACGUCUUCUCCCUGGGCUCCGUCAACCUGGGUGGCAACCAAUACAUCAACCUCUUCCUGGCUGGUGCAGUGGAGUUCCCUUCCUACCUGAUUGGUUGUUAUGCGAUGGACCGGGUGGGCAGGAAGAGGACAUGUGCCCCAGCUCUGCUGCUGGCUGGAACGGCCUGCAUGCUCAUCAUUGUGGUGCCAAAUGACAUUGAGGUGUUAGUCAUCAUCCUCAGUAUGACAGGGAAGUUUGCCAUUGCCAUAGCCUUUGGUCUCAUCUACCUCUACACCUGUGAGCUCUACCCAACUAUCAUCAGGUCCCUGGCGGUGGGCAGUGGCAGUAUGAUGUGUCGUGUGGGCAGCAUCGUGGCUCCUUUCUGUGUCUACCUAGCUGACAUCUGGCAAUACCUACCACAGCUGAUUGUGGGGAUCCUGGCGUUUAUAAUAGGUGUUCUGACCCUGUUGUUACCAGAGACCCUGGGUGAGCCCUUGACCAGCACCAUGGAGGAGGCUGAGGCUCUAGGCAGGAAGAGUAGCCCUGAUCAGGGAAAGAAAGACCCUGAGGAGGGGGUGGAGAUGAACUAGAUCCAGAGCAACUAGUUGGACGGCAAUCCCUGAGGGAUACACCUCACCACCAACCAGAGAGAAGGAGGUGGCCAGGGAUAGAGAGGGGGUAGGAAGUGGAGGAGAAAGAGAAGGAGAGAGACUACUGGAAGCGAUGCCAAGAAACCAACAAAACAAACAACCGCAAAAACAAACAACAUCGAAUUUGGAACCUUAGUAGAACUUUUUGUAAUAAAGUGUUUUUUUAACAUUUGUUCUGCAAAGUGGCCAAUUUCAGAGCUGGUAUGCUCUGGUUGAGCCAACCAACCACAGCCAACCUCAGUUCCUUGGCUGCAGCUGUUCAGACAGAGACAGAGGGAAGCGAAGUGAAGGCCCUUUAUUCACCACAUCUCAGUCUCCUGAUGAGAGCCACAUGAAACUGAGCCUCAUGUUCAACAUUCACGUCACAUGUGCCUUCCAAUCACAGCCAUUAAUGAAUGUGUGCGCGAGAGAUUGAGAGUGAGAAAGAAAGAGUGUGCAGGUUCUAUGAAGGAAGUGUAUGUGCAUGCAUGUGUGCGUGCAUGCCCGUGUGUGCGUGUGAAAUUUGACGUUUCCUUUUCCACAUUUUGUGACGUUACAGCCUUAUUCUACAAUGGAUUAAAUAAAAUAAAAAUCCUUAUCAAUCUACACACAAUACUCCAUAAUGACAAAGCAAAACAGGUUUUCAGAAAUUUUUUUGCAAAAAAAAGGAACCUUAUUUACAUAAGUAUUCAGACCCUUCGUUAUGAGACUCGAAAUUGAGCUCAGGUGCAUCCUGUUUCCAUUGAUCAUUCUUGAGAUGUUUCUACAGCUUGAUUGGAGUCCACCUGUGGUAAAUUCAAUUGAUUGGACAUGAUUUGGAAAGGCACACACCUGUAUAUAUAUGGUCCCACAGCCAUGAGGUCAAAGGAAUUGUCCAUAGAGCUCCAAGACAGAAUUGUGUUGAGGCACAGAUCUGGGGAAGGGUACCAAAAAAAUGUCUGCAGCAUUGAAGGUUCUCAAGAACACAGUGGCCUCAUUCAUUCUUAAAUGGAAGAAGUUUGGAACUACCAAGACUCUUCCUAGAGCUGGCCGCACGGCCAAACUGAGCAAUCGGGAGGUGGUCAGGGAGGGAGGUGACCAAGAACCCAAUGGUCAAUCUGACAGAGCUCCAGACUUACUCUGUGGAGAUGUGAGAACCUUCCAGAAGGACAACCAUCUCUGCAGUACUCCACCAAUCAGGCCUUUAUGGUAGAGUGGCCAGAUGCAAGCCACUCCUCAGUAAAAGGCACAUGACAGCCCGCUUGGAGUUUGCAAAAAUACACAUAAAAAAGGACUCACAGACUAUGAGAAACAGGAUUCUCUGGUUUGAUGAAACCAAGAUUGAACUCUUUGGCCUGAAUGCUAACCUUCACGUCUGGAGGAAACCUGGCACCAUCCAUACGGUGAAACAUGGUGGUGGCAGCAUCAUGCUGUGGGGCUGUUUUCAGCUGCAGGGACUGGGAGUCUAGUCAGGAUUGAGUCAAAGAUUAACAGAGUAAAUUACAGAGACAUCCUUGAUGAAACAUCCUGCGCUCACUACCUCAGACUGGGGUGAAAGUGCACCUUCCAACAGGACAACCUGAUUGAACAUCUCUGGAGAGACCUGAAAGUAGCUGAUGCUCACCAUCCAACCUGACAGAGCUUGAGAGUAUCUGCAGAGAAGAAUGGGAGAAACUCCCCAAAUACAGGUGUGCCAAGCUUGUAGCUUCAUUCCCAAAAAGACUUGAUGCUGUAAUUGCUGCCAACAGUGCUUCAACAAAGUACUGUGUAGAGGGUCUGAAUACUUAUGUAAAUGUGAAAUUGCAGUUUUUAUUCGUAAUACAUUUGCAAACAUUUCUAAAAAACUGCUUUUGCUUUGUUAUUAUGGGGUAUUGUGUGUAGAUAAGGGAAAAUAACAAUUUAAUCCAUUUUUAGAAUAAUGCUGUAAUGUAACAAAAUGUGUAAAUAGGGGUCUGAGUACUUCCCAAAUGCACUGCAGCUGUAGUGUUUUCUCUCUAGAUCUCUGUGAUGUUUUAAAAAAAUCCAUGUAAUUUACGAUGCCUUUGAUAAUACCCUUCACUUACUCUGUGUAUACCAACUAGCUCUCACAGUCUCACAUCAGAAUUAGACUUUCAUCCAUGUUCCUCAAAUGUCAAAUUUUGAAGUUGUUCCAAUCUUUACAUUUCUAAGUGCUAAAGGUUAGGUUUAGUCAUUACCUCCACAUGUUUAAGGUUAGGGUUAAGUUUAGGCAUUAACUCAGAAAUCUUAAGGUUAGGUAUUAACUCCUAAUGGUUAAGGUAAGCGUUAAGGUUUGGGAUAGGCUUAAAACAAAAAUCUCAAGAACGACUUUCUAUUGCUAGAUUCAAACACGCAACCUUAUGCACCAGAGGCAGAUGUGUACUCCCAGCCACCAUCUCCAUCUGAAACCAACUUGAAGGUAACAGCGCUCACUGUUGCCCCUAGUGGACGGUUUCCAUGUCAUCGCCCGAUGUUCCGACGUGUGCACAUGCGCGCUUGCGCCUGUGUUUGUUUUUGCGUGUUCUGAUGCGAUGGACUACCUUAAAGAAGUGAGUGUGUGUGGGUGUGCAUGAAUAUAAAUGAAGUAAGCUACAUUCUAGUCUCCCAUCCAGAAAUGGAUCAAGUAGACUUUUUUCUCUGUGUUGGGAGCAUAGUUGCUGGAUGAAAAGAUAGAAGAAAGACAUUGCUGUAUUUAAAAAAAGAAAGAAUGGGUUUUGUUCAUGUUUCGAAAAGUUCUGAUUACUCUUUAAACCAUGAUGUUUCUGACCAAAGAUGUGACGAUGAACCCUAUGAUCUGCUUUGAAAUCAUUCUUAAACAUAAUCAGGCAAUAUACUAUGUAAACGAACACACACAGCUCUGAUAUUUGGUUUCCUGACAUUGGAAAUCUAUAAAACAUCCUCAUCAAAAAAAGCAACUGAUGCAAUUGUCAUCUGUUUUUUUGUUUGUUUUAACAGUCUAACAAUCAUUGAAUUGAUUGUUAAUGUAUAUUUUUGCACUGAUAGGUUUCAUGUUAUUAAAUUUUUUCAUUUGAAGGGAAAUUAAAAGAAGAUGUCUAACCAAUA